UCUUCGCAGAGUGUGCCAGAGCUAAUUGCUCUGAGCUGGAAAGAAGGCGCGGUGGUGUACGGAGAGCCCAUCACGGCCGGCGCCGACGGCUCGCACUACUGGAGUAAAAACUGGGCCAAAGCCGCAGCCUUCGUCACGUCUCCCCCCAUCAGCCCGGACCCCACUACGCCGGAGCAUCUCACCUCCCUCUUGUCCUGCGGGGACCUGCAGGUGGCCGGCAGCGCGCACUGCACCUUCACCACGGCGCAGAAGGCGGUGGGGAAGGACAACUUCACCCUCAUCCCCGAGGGGACCAACGGCAUCGAAGAGCGGAUGUCGAUCAUCUGGGAGAAGUGUGUGGUCCCCGGGAAGAUGGACGAGAACGAUUUCGUAGCGGUGACCAGUACCAAUGCUGCCAAGAUCUUCAACUGCUACCCCAGGAAGGGGCGCGUCGCUGUGGGCGCUGACGCAGACUUGGUGUUGUGGAACCCCAAGGCUACUAAAAUCAUCUCAGCAAAAACUCACAAUCUGAACGUGGAGUACAACAUAUUUGAAGGGACAGAGUGCCACGGGGUUCCUACCGUGGUCAUCAGUCAGGGAAGAGUUGUUCUUGAAGGUGGAAACCUGUGUGUCACCCAGGGGUCAGGUCGCUUCAUUCCUAGAAAGACAUUCCCUGAUUUCGUUUAUAAAAGGAUAAAGGCAAGAAACAGGCUGGCCGAAGUCCACGGCGUCCCCAGAGGGCUCUACGACGGGCCGGUCCACGAAGUCCUCGCCAGCGCCAAAGCCGUGGGCCCCGCCCCGGCGUCCAGGAUCGCGCCCUGUGCGGGCAAAGCCCCGGCUCCUCCCGUGCGCAACCUCCACCAGUCGGGGUUCAGCUUGUCUG